GUGACGACGCCGGCGCGUUCUCCAGGCGCAGUUUCUCCUCAAGUUCGGGUACCGGCGGCGGCGGCGGCGGCGGCGGCGGCGGCGGCGGCGGCGCAGGGUGUUUUAAUUCAAAUGGGUGAUGAAAAGGACUCUUGGAAAGUGAAAACUUUAGAUGAAAUUCUCCAAGAAAAGAAACGAAGGAAAGAACAAGAGGAGAAAGCAGAGAUAAAACGCUUAAAAAAUUCUGAUGACAGGGAUUCCAAGCGAGACUCCCUGGAGGAAGGGGAGCUGAGAGACCACCGAAUGGAGAUCACAAUCAGGAACUCACCCUACAGAAGAGAGGACUCGAUGGAAGACAGGGGAGAGGAAGAUGAUUCUCUGGCCAUCAAGCCACCCCAGCAAAUGUCUCGGAAAGAAAAGGCCCAUCACAGAAAAGAUGAGAAGAGGAAAGAGAAGCGUAGACAUCGUAGCCACUCAGCGGAAGGGGGGAAGCAUGCUCGAGUAAAAGAAAAAGAGAGAGAACAUGAGCGUCGGAAGCGACAUCGAGAAGAGCAGGACAAAGCCCGCCGGGAAUGGGAAAGACAGAAAAGGAGGGAACUGGCAAGAGAACAUUCCAGGAGAGAGAGAGGAAUGAGGGCCGUGCCUGCUUCCAGGGACCGACUGGAGCAGUUAGAAAGGAAGCGGGAGCGGGAGCGCAAGAUGAGGGAGCAACAGAAGGAGCAGCGGGAGCAGAAGGAGCAGCGGGAGCAGAAAGAGCGGGAGCGACGGGCGGAGGAGCGGCGCAAGGAGCGAGAGGCCCGCAGAGAAGUCUCUGCACAUCACCGCGCAGUGAGGGAAGACUACGGUGACAAGGGCAAGACGGCACGCUGGAGCCGCAGCCCCGCACGGCCGCCCCGGGAGCGCUUUGACCUGGGAGACAGCCGGAAGCCAGUAAAAGAAGAGAAAAUGGAGGAAAGAGACCUGCUGUCUGACCUACAGGACAUCAGUGACAGUGAGAGGAAAACCAGCUCUGCCGAGUCCUCCUCAGUGGAAUCAGGCUCAGGCUCGGAGGAGGAAGAAGAGGAGGAAGAGGAAGAAGAAGAAGGGAGCACCAGUGAGGAAUCCGAGGAAGAGGAGGAGGAGGAAGAGGAGGAGGAGGAGGAGGAGGAGGAGACUGGGAGUAACUCAGAGGAGGCGUCAGAGCAGUCUGCAGAAGAAGUGAGUGAUGAAGAAAUGAGUGAGGAUGAAGAGCGAGAAGAUGAGAAUCACAUCGUGGUUGUUCCAGAGUCACGAUUUGACCGAGACUCCGGGGACAGUGAAGACGGGGAGGAAGAAGUGGGGGAGGGGACCCCCCAGAGCAGCGCCCCCACUGAAGGGGACUACGUUCCUGACUCCCCCGCCCUGUCGCCUAUUGAGCUGAAGCAGGAGCUGCCCAAGUACCUGCCGGCCCUGCAGGGCUGCCGGAGUGUGGAGGAGUUCCAGUGCCUGAACAGGAUUGAGGAAGGCACCUACGGGGUUGUCUACAGGGCCAAGGACAAGAAAACAGAUGAAAUUGUGGCUCUGAAGCGGUUGAAAAUGGAGAAGGAGAAAGAAGGGUUUCCGAUCACAUCCCUGAGAGAAAUCAACACCAUCCUCAAGGCCCAGCACCCCAACAUUGUCACCGUCCGAGAGAUCGUGGUGGGCAGCAACAUGGACAAGAUCUACAUAGUAAUGAACUACGUGGAGCACGACCUCAAGAGCCUCAUGGAGACCAUGAAGCAGCCCUUUCUCCCAGGGGAAGUGAAGACGCUGAUGAUUCAGCUGCUGAGGGGGGUGAAGCACCUGCACGACAACUGGAUUCUGCACCGGGACCUGAAGACGUCCAACCUGCUGCUGAGCCACGCUGGCAUCCUCAAGGUUGGUGACUUUGGGCUGGCUCGAGAGUAUGGGUCGCCCCUGAAGGCCUACACCCCUGUCGUUGUGACCCUCUGGUACCGAGCCCCUGAACUGUUGCUUGGCGCCAAGGAGUACUCCACGGCAGUGGACAUGUGGUCGGUGGGCUGCAUCUUCGGAGAGUUGCUGACACAGAAGCCCCUGUUCCCUGGGAAGUCGGAGAUUGAUCAGAUCAACAAGGUUUUUAAGGACCUGGGAACCCCCAGUGAGAAGAUCUGGCCUGGCUACAACGAGCUCCCAGCCGUCAAGAAGAUGACCUUCAGCGAGCACCCCUACAACAACCUCCGCAAGCGCUUCGGGGCCCUGCUCUCGGACCAGGGCUUUGAUCUCAUGAACAAGUUUCUGACCUACUUCCCGGGGAGACGGGUUAACGCAGAAGACGGCCUCAAGCAUGAGUACUUCUGCGAGACUCCACUCCCCAUCGACCCUUCCAUGUUCCCCACGUGGCCUGCCAAGAGCGAGCAGCAGCGUGUGAAGCGGGGCACCAGUCCACGCCCCCCCGAGGGGGGUCUAGGCUACAGCCAGCUGGGCGACGACGACCUGAAGGAGACGGGCUUCCACCUCACCACCACCAACCAGGGGGCCUCCGCCGCCGGCCCGGGCUUCAGCCUCAAGUUCUGAAGGCGGCGCUGCCUGGCCGCAGAGCCGCCCACGGUCGGCCAGGACCCCGGACUUGGCACUGCCCGCACACCUGCCCACAUUUCCUUUUUUAUAUUUUGAUUUGUACAUUUGUAGAAUUAAAUGACUGU